CCACAACAUCACUACACAUUCACUUGUGUUGACAAGAUUGCGCUAUGGCCGACUUCGUGAAAGGGCUCUUUGGAAGCCAGCAACCAGCCCAGGCUCCCGUAGCUGGCGAUGAUGACUUCGCCGACUUCGCAGGCGCUCCUUCCCCCGAACCCGCCUCCCUCGACGCCUUCACAACCGACUCUGCACAACCCUCAUCUGCUACCUCCACGGUCGGCCAAGUGCCCUACACAAAAUGGUACCGGGUGUGGGAGCGCACGACGCUCGAUGACUUCAAAACUGAGAUGUACAUCCUGCCCUUCAUCAUCCUGGUCGUCGCCGUGCAUCUCUGGGGAACGUCCAAGAACCGCAAAAAAGCCACGCACUGGAUGAAAUCCCACGCGCCCGUGCUACAGCAAGAGUUUGCGCAAGUUGGGUAUAUUCGUCCGCAGGCCAGUGUCGAUGAUGUGAGUGCUAUGGGGUUGAUGCAGGCGACGGAGAAGGCGAAGAAGGAUGCUGUGAGUGUGGAGAAUAUGUUGAGGGAGAAGAAGGCGGGUGAGUAUAUGACAUAUGCGACUGGACGGCAGAAUAUUGCCUUCAUAGACUUCAAGGUCACGCUUGCGAAGAGGUAUAAUCCUCUAAUGCGGCUGGGAGAGUCCCUUGUAGGACUCUUCUUUGAGAGUAUGCCGGCCCCUGAGGAGAGAAUGGAGGCUACUAGCUAUGUGUUUGAUGGCAGGGAGGCGCUGAUCGCGCCGGGUUUUGGGAAAGGAGAGGAGAAGAAGAGUGUGCCGAAGAGCACUUUUGAUGGAUUCGUCUGGGCUGUCGUUCAUAAGGAUCUCAUGAAGCGGCUCAGGGAGGAUCGCUAUGAUCUCUCUCUCACCACGACCAAGGACCACGCUAAACUGCCCGUCUGGACCACUGUUAUGAGCGAGAACGCUGAGAUCACGGACACGCUUCUCACGCCCGAGCUAAUCAAAGCUAUCACGGAAGCAGGCGAUAGGUUCGAAGCCUUAGUUGUCAGCGACCAGCCCAUGGACCAACCAAAGAAACUCGAUGACACCGUGCCCAAAAAACGCAUCUCCCUCUCACUCAAACUCCUCCCCUCCACCACCCCCUAUACGCCCACCCUCCCCCUCUUCUCCUACUUCAUCCGCAUGCCCGACCAACUCGUCUCCGUCGGCCGUUUCCGCCCAGAGGCCAUGCGUCGCAUCAAGCAGACACGCGAAGAGCAGAUCGCGAAGAUCAGGAAGCUAGACGAUGACGAGAAAGCCGAGGAACGGAAGCUGAAAGGCGAUAAGGAGAAGAAGGAGAAAAGGGAUCAGAUGCUGGGGCGGAUGACAGCGGAGGAGCAGAGGAAGUAUUUGGAGAAGGAGAGGGAGAGGGAGGGAAAGAGGAGAGAGAAGAAGAAGACCGUUAAGGCAUAGGCGCGUAUGUAACGGAUAUUUAUUUUGCGGUUUGGGGCUGAGAACGUGUUUAUGGGUUGGAAGUUUUGGCGAAGGGGUUGGAGACCAGAGCUUUGAGGAGAUAUGUGUGAGUGUGUUUCGUUCGAAAUUGUACAUUUAGAUUAUUAUGUUGACUACCCUACUAUGACAGUCAGACAUCGGACAGUGUGAAAACCUGGAAUAGC